AUGGAGUCACUACCUCCGAUCUACUCAACGGCCACCAAUCUGAGAAAGGGCUAUUCGCCGCCAUGGGAAGACCUCACCAUUAUUGGAGUUGCAGGCAGCUCUGGCUCGGGCAAGACAUCGGUUGCAAUGGAAAUUAUCAGAUCUCUCAACCUCCCAUGGGUUGUGAUCCUUGUGAUGGACUCCUUCUAUAAGAGCUUAGAUCCCGAAAACCACGAAAGGGCGCAUAGGAACGAACACGAUUUCGACUGCCCCGAGUCGCUCGAUUUUGACGUUCUAGUGCAAACUCUGCGAGACUUGAAGCAAGGAAAGAAAGCGAAUAUCCCGAUCUAUUCAUUCAAGGAGCAUCAGCGGCAAAAGGAAACCACCCCGCUUUAUUCACCCCGCGUGUUGAUCCUGGAAGGGAUUUUGGCUCUGCACGAUCCAAGAAUACUGGCUCUUCUUGAUGCCAAAAUCUUUGUGGAGGCUGAUAUGGAUGUCUGCCUCGGCCGGAGAAUUAUGCGUGACGUUCGAGAAAGAGGGAGAGAUGUCGAAGGGAUUAUCAAGCAAUGGUUCACCUAUGUCAAGCCAUCAUACACCAAAUAUGUUGAACCGCAACGACUCGUCUCAGACAUCAUCAUCCCUCGAGGGAUAGAGAACAAAACAGCAAUCGGUAUGGUGGUCGAGCACAUCAGAAGACGGCUGCAAGAAAAGUCAGAGAAACACACUGCAGAUCUUAAACAGCUGCAAGCACUCGCAGCAGAGAAGGAGCUUUCACCGAAUAUCGUUGUUGUGAAGGAAACACCUCAGCUCUUGGGAAUGAAUACUAUUCUACAAGACCCCGCCACGGAGCAAGUCGAUUUCGUGUUCUACUUUGACCGAUUAGCCUCUCUGCUGAUCGAAAGAGCCCUGGAUUUCACCGAAUACAUCUCUGCUGCCGUCGAAACGCCCCACAAAACAAAAUAUCAUGGUAUACAUCCGUCUGGAAUAAUCUCUGCGGUUGCUAUUCUGAGAGGCGGCUCAUGCAUGGAAACUGCGUUGAAGCGCACCAUACCUGAUUGCAUUACGGGCCGAAUUCUUAUUCAGACCAACACGCAAUUACUCGAGCCAGAGCUUCAUUACCUCAAACUACCGCCGGCAAUUGAAACUCAUUCGACCGUCAUGCUGUUGGAUCCUCAAAUGGCCAGCGGUGGUGCAGCCCUAAUGGCAGUCCGAGUCCUGAUCGACCAUGGCGUCGAGGAGCACAAAAUAGUCUUUGUGACCUGUGCUGCUGGCAAAUGUGGUCUGCAGCGGCUGACGGCGGUAUACCCGGAGGUGAAUGUUGUGGUGGGCCGCAUAGAAAAUGAAGACGAGCCUCGUUGGCUUGAAAAUAAGUACUUUGGAUGCUAA